GUUACCACGAAGAAACAAAUCCCAAAGAUGAGAUGUAAAAUUUUAUCUGGCUUCCUUCUGAUUUUCAGCCUGUCCACAACAGGGGAAGCCUCUGAAGACAGUAGGAUCAUCUGGGGUGCCUUGGAUCAUAACAUCAACCUGGACAUCCCUGACUUUCAACUGACUGAUGUUAUUGAUGAAAUACGAUGGGAAAAAGGAAAAAGCAUGAUUGCGAAUUUCAAAAAAGAAACAUCAACUUCUUCUCACAACACAACCUAUGAGGUAUUAAGGAACGGAACCCUGAGAAUUAAACAGCUGAGGAGAGACGAUAACGAUACUUACGAUGUAAUCGUCUACGAUACCAAUGGAACAAGUAUGCUGCACAAAUCAUUUGAGCUGAGGAUUCUAGAGAAGGUUUCAGAGCCAAAGAUCUCCUGGGAGUGCAGCAAUACAACUCUGACCUGUGAGGUCAUGAAAGGAACUGACUUUGAACUAAAGCUGUGUCAAGAGAAAUGUCUCAACAGAAGCCAUCAGCGCAUCAUCAGUCACAAAUGGAAAAACCUGGAUGCUCCAUUCAGGUGCACAGCUAGCAACAGGGUCAGCGAGAAAUCCAUCACAGUGGAUGUCAGCUGUUCAGUGAAAGGUCUGCACUUCUAUUUCAUCCUGGGUACCUGUGUAGGUGGCCUCCUCUUGGUGGUCUUUGCGGUACUGCUUAUAUUCUACGUCUAUAAGAAGAAAAAACAGAAUAGUAGGAGAAAAGAUGAAGAGCUGGAGAUAAAAGCUCCCCCAAGAGUGAGCAGCAGGGAAAGGGGCCCCCCGAAGCCACACCCAAUCCCAGCCGCAGCGCCUCAGAAUCCAGCAGCUUCCCAAGUUCCUCCCCCACCCAGCCAUCGUCCCCAGGCACCAGACCAUCGUCCUUUGCCUCCCAGCCACCGCGUCCAGCACCAUCAUAAGAAGAGGACUUCUCCAUCAGGCACACAAGUUCACCAACAGAAAGGCCCUCCCCUGCCUAGACCGCGAGUUCAAGCAAAACCUCCCUGUGAGGCCUCAGAAGAUGCUUUGUCGCCAUCCCCUAAUUAAAAAGGUAGAAACUGUCCUUUCCAAAAAAAAAAAAAAAAAAAAAAAAAAAUCAUGUGGGCUUCUCUUCUUGGGGUGCACAGGCCCACUCUUCCAUAGAGUGUUUUCUACAAGUAAGACCCAACUGUCCCCCAAGGCAUGUAGGGCACAAUCAAGGUGGCAUCUCUCACCCAGCCACCCAGCCAUGUAGUCUGACAACUGGAAUCUUUGGCAGCUUUGUAAAUCUCUGUUACGUCAGAACAGAAACAAUAAGAAUAUGGUUGCAAGGAUGAUGGGUCAAUGGGCACUAAAAUCUUAAUCUUUCUCUCAGAUCCCCUGCCUACAUGAUGCACCACAUGACCACUGGGCCUGUGUCUUACAGGUAACCCACUGGAGCAGAGGUUCUUGGGCUUCCCAGGUAUCCUUGUGGACACAGGCCCA